AAAAAAGAAAAGAGGAAGAAGAAAAUGCCAUCCAAAGGAAUAAAAUGCUUCGCCUACAUUGCCGUCGACGGCGUACAAAUCGAAUUCAGCGUCCCCAAGCAAUCCAUCAAGCUAUCAUCCCACCGCCAAUUCCUCACCCACCACCUCGAAGUCGAGUCCAAGAACCUGCCGCGCUUCAGGUUCACGGGCGACUUUGCGUUUACCGUACGGCGCGAGGGCUGCGAGCUAACGCGGCAAUGGGUCGCGGUCAACAGCAUGACUGGGAAGCUGGAAGCAGGGAGCAUGCUCUCCAUGGAGCAGACGCCCGCGCUGUUCCCCGAGGACGACAUGGCAAUCACAUAUGGAUUCUACGACGCAGGCCCAGGGCUCGCGGCGCUCCCGAAACAGCAUCAAUGCUACGUGUGCGUGACACCCAACUACUCGCACUGGAUGCGCGACGCGAUUCCGCCAGACUCAGACCUCGCAGACCGGCCCUUCAGCAGAAUGGUGCUGCCGUCGUCGCACGACGUGGGCAUGAACAACAUGGCAUCGAGUCUGCAGCUCCUGCAAAACGCCGGAUCGGGCCUCGUAAAAGAAGUCCUGGGCCGCAGUUUACCGCGCGCAUUCUCCAUGCUGAAUCGCGCCACCGACGCAGCUGUCAAGCGCAUCGCACCAGAUAUCAUCCGCGCGCUGGCCAUGACACAGAAAGAUACGCUCGAUGCGAUGCUGCAGCUGGGAGCCCGCUACUUUGAGUUCCGCCCUGCGCAGUGCCAUCGCAGGUUACAGAGCAUCACUACGCUGCCGGAUACGCUGUAUUUCCAGCAUGGCGCUAUACCGGGGAUGCCGUAUCGCGUGUUGCUGGAGCAUGUAGUGCGUUUUCUUGGCAGCCACGGCGAUGAGAUAGUCGUGCUGCAGAACCGGUGGGACGGCGUGCCAGACGAGUGUCCGCGGCCGACCGACGACCAGCUUCACGAUGUGCUGUGCGAGGUGCUGGCUGGCAAAGAGAUCGAGGUGGGAAGUGAACACGACAUGAUGCACAAAAGCAUUUCAGAGCUGCGCCGCGAAACAAAAAGACUGAUUGUACUCCGAGACGUGCCGCAGGCCUCUAAUUACGAUGACGAGGCCAACGCGACGCUGACGGGCGACGAAAUGGUGCGCAAACUACAUGCCAUGGCAGACGAGCAGUGCCAUCGCAGUGAACCCAUUACGCUGCUGCAGUGCCAGGCGACAGCCACGAAUAUCAGGGACGUGAUUAUUGCCACGGUCCUGGAUUCAGACGUCAGUACCAGUCCGAUUCUCGCGACCAAGCCCGUGUGCGAUGCCAAGAUGCUGCCGCUGCUAAAGGGCGAGGUAGGCCGGAAACUGAUGGGCGGAAGUGCUGGGGUGGUGGUUGUGCUGAAUGAUUUUUUUGAUGGCGCUACGGCCGAUGUGGCGGUAGAACUGUGCAAGGAGAGGUUGACGUACUAAGUAUCAAGAUUAUUUACCCCAUCAUCUCUCCUCUUGCGUUCGGAGAUAGAGGACGGG